AUGUUGUUGAAUCAUCUUCUCCUGGGCCUGUUUGGGCUCUGGGCCAUCUACUUUUUCCUUCUCAAACUCAUCCUCUUCAAACUUGUCCUCAACAUUAUCUUGCCACUCAUCAUCCGAUACCUCCUGAUCCCGAGUCUCCCAGACCGUGUCCGUCCAUACGCAGACCGCGCCCUGAAAAAGUGCGAUGAACUCUGCUACUCUGUUACCCUGGAGCCCAAAGGGCCUCCCGACCGCGGCGUUUACCGCACUGCCAUGAUCCUCUCCCGUGUCGUCGAUCGUGAUGUGGUUCCAGAGAUUCUUGACCUGGCCGAAUUGUGGCAGGAUAUUCAUCUGGCAUCAAGAGUCGACCCAGAGCCUUUCAAAGUCACUCAGCGAGAACACAGUGUCGGCGGUCACAGACCAGGCGUGGUCUAUGUUGAAGCUGAAUUGCCUGCUACAUUGCCACCCAAAUCAUUGCGAUCCCUGACAUUCAGCACCAGUUCUUGCGAUCAAGGUCACAGCAAUGAGUUGCAGGAUGUCGGGACAUACAGAAACAGCAAGACAUGGUUUGAAGUUAAGGUCACUCCGCCCGACGCAAAGUCACCCAUGAAAGCAGAGCAUGUCUUCCACUUUCCACCAAGAAAAAUAAUCACCAACAUUCACGCGGGCCAGGACUUCAAGACUCAUACCGUGACCUGGCACUACAACGACGAAGAUGAAGAAAUCAGAAAGCUCAUCAGAACUAUGAGUGCAGGAUGGAAAGUCGCCAUCACGGCGUGGGGACACUAUCCUAUGUGGGACAACUACGUUCGAAGUGCCAGGAUCGACUGCCGGGUUCAUACUGUCAGAAAGAUGUGA